UUCCGGCAUUAAAGGGAAAAGAAAUGGAUCCGGCCGAUAUAGGGAAGCAUCCGGAUCUGAUAAAAAAAGCCCAGUCCGAUAUAUCGCAAUGUGAUGUGCUGGUGUGUGGACGUUGCCAUUCCGUGUUCCAUUUGAUCGAGCUGUUCCGGGAACACAAGGAGAAUGAGCCGGACUGUAAGCGAUCGUCCAGCUCGACGCUGCACAACUGUGACGAGGCGCAGGCAAAGGUGUGGGCCUUUCUGCUGUGGAAAUCGGCCCAGCGUCAAGCGACCGGAGAGGAGAAAAAUACCGGACCAAACAAUUCGUGGAAGCUGUACCAAACGUGGGUGAAGUUGGAGGAGUCCGUGCGUGAUACGUGGAUUGUGGCUGGUAAAACCAUUCAAUCGUUCUCGAAGACCGGAGCUGGAAGUCUUCAGGAAAUGCCAGUAAAAAUUACAAAAACGAUUCUUGAGCCGCAAAACGAAGCGCAGGAUAAAGCAAAUGCUCAGAACCGCUUUACGCCAGCGGUACGCAAGAUGGGAGACGGUAAACCAGCCACCACCCCGGUAGGCGACGCGAAAAAUCGUAUCGUCGUAGGUGCUCAGGCGGGAAUCGCGAAGAAAACGGACGGUACCACCUCGGUAAAACCUUCCACUGCAGCAACCUCCGGCACGGGUGCCGCCACCGCAGGCACACCCGCCACCGGGCGACGUUCGUUUGCCACCCGCACCCACCCCAAAACCGGUGCCUGUUCCGAAGAGGAGGUGGAAAAAAUUCUAGCCAAACGUUUCAGUCCCAUCAUCAAGAUGCACGAGUAUCUGGUAAAGUGGGCCAAAAUGUUGAACGAUCAAAAUACCUGGGAACCGUUAACGCAUCUCCACUCGUGCCAAAGCAUACUGGAGCAUUUCGAGGUACAGCUGGCCAAGCAGAAGGAACAGCGUGCCGCAACGGCAGCCCGCGCCUUACAGAUGCAGCGGCAGGAGAAGGGAGGAACCGGUGGUACGACUACCGGUACUGGAACAACGACCACAACUACCACCACCACAGCCGGUGGUGGUUCUUCGAUCGCAAAUCAAUUGCGCCCGAUCCGCACCUCGAAAGCAAGCGCAAUGGAUCGUGUAAAGCAGUGGACGGCCGGUAAUCGAUCGCCGGGAGAUUCCGCGGACGAUAUCACCAGCGGACAGGCCGGAAAGCGUAAGCUGGAUGAAUCCGAGUCCGACGCACCGAACGAUACCGAUGGUGGUGUGGAUUCAGCGAAAAAACUGCGAACCGAUUCCACUUCCGCCGUUAGCGAGGCACUGACGAAGGUGUCCCAAACGGGCAACGUAAAAAUCGUGUCCGUUUCGGCAGCGGGUGCGGGUGGUGCGUCGUCGAGUAUUGUAAAAUCCACCAUGAACGGUACGGUAGCGACUCAUGCGAAGGAUGGCAGUUCGGCCGAGGUUGUCAUCAUAAAAUCGCCCAAAGACGGUAUCGCUAGCGGAAUAAGUAAACGAUCACCCGGACAGCAGUUGGUUGUGGGUGGGGGCACCGGCGGUACGACAGGGGCCAUCACGGCGCGCCUAUCGCCACGCAGUGUCGGCGAAGCGGCCAAGGUAAAGAUCAUCUCGAAGUCGGAAGUGAGUGGUGGUGGUGGUGGUGGUGUGCACGGAAUAUUCAAAGUCAAAUCCGAACCGACCGGUUCUUCCCCACAGAGCUCGGCCCCGAAAGCGACUGUAACGUCGGCAUCUUCCGGUACAACAACGACCCAUCAUCCGCCGUCUCGUCCGAUUACCAUCGCGACCGGCGCUUCCACGACGGAUUCGUCCGGAGUUACGACACGCAUCAUACGUCGGAACAUCGACGGUACGGAGCAGCUGGUAAAGCAGACCAUCCGCAAAACGCCCAGGUUGGUUCCGUUCUCGCCCGGGCAGCAGCCGCAGCAACAGCAGCAACGUCUUGCUGGAGAUCCCGGCUCGAAGCCGACAGUUUAUCCUUCUUCCACUCGGCUGCCUAAACCAGCCCCUUCGGCAGUUAUGGGCGGUCAGCAGCGAACGACAGCCUCCCCACGGGUCAUUUCAACUUCCCAACCAAAACCAACCGUGAGUCGGUUCGUAUCAUCCGCUUCCGGCACACCCGGUACGGUGGUCCGCACAUCCACCAUGACCCGUACCGUCGGUGGCAGCGCCUCGUCCGAGCAGAAGAUUAACGCACUACGCCGACAAGGCGUAAAUGUGGUGAAGCGUGUCAUCACAUCCAGUACGGUGGCCGGUGGCAAAAAGGCUAUUGGCAAUGAGGAGGAAGAGUCUGAACCGAUGACCGAUGGAUUCUCGUCCAAUAUUUCAAUUCCUGCUCCACCAAGUCCACCGCGUGCGAUGACCCUCUGCCCGGUAACGGGUAAAGUACUCGCACAGGCAGAAGGUGAACCCACACCCGUUCCCAGCCCGGAAGCGGAACCGGAAGAUAAAAAAGGAGGGGACUUGGUGAAGCAGGAAUCGGUCGCAACCGCCAACACUGCGUCCUCCUCGGAGCAAGCUACCGCCGAAGGUGAGCAGAUGGUAGUGGCAACCGGUGGCGAUCAGACGGACACACAGGUUCAGCAACUACUGACGAACGAGGACGGUACACCGAUACUGGUGGCGGGUGAGGAUGGUACCGUGUAUCAGGUGGCGGGCAAGAACGCCGAAGGCCAAACGAUACUGAUCGCGCAAGGUUCGGAUGGGGAGCAGAGUUGUGUGUUGGUUGCAUCGCAGGAGGGCGAGGAAGAUGGGGCAGGUGGUGCGGGAGGAGUGCUGACGCUGGAUGCAGCCGUUUCGGAAGCUGUUGCCGUACCGCAGGAGGGCCAGGAGAUGACGGAAGAGCAGGCGGCACAGUAUCAGCAGUCCGUCGAUACCAACCAGGAGUUGACGAUUUCGACCGAAGAUUCGCAAGACACACAAAUUACGGCCGAGGUUGUGCAAGCCGAUCAACCGUCGCCUGGCGGUACCAGGCGGGUCGUUCUCCUCCUUCCCGAUGGCAGCUUCAUGAUGACGGAGGUUAAUGACGAACAGUAUCAAUCAUUAAAUCUGGUUAACUAA